UAGGUAUUAGUACGAUUUUAACGACAGGUGGAAUAAGGUGUUUUCAACGAAUAAAAUUAUAACUUUGCGAGUUUUUCAACGAUUCCAAAGAACAAUAUUUUUGGAAUAACUAGAUUAGUGAAUAUCAUUAAAAUUAUCCAUCACAAUGCAGCAUUUUAUGCAGCAUAAACAUUUAAUAGCCUUGGUGGUGUUCCUCCUUGCCAUUGCAACACCUUUAACAUGGGCACAAGAGAAUGCCCAACUACAAAUUCCACCAUCCCUGGUUGAGUGCUAUAACACAAGUUAUUAUAUGAACCGUGACAAUAGACUGCCAUCAACUAUCAACACCCUCAUCGAUCUAAUUCGCAAAGUGGAAAAUAGCCCCGACUUUAACUUGGACGCACGACAGCUGUCUGUUGCUUUAUUGCAUCGUUUCCGUCAGGAUGGUAUUCAACGAGCUCCUGGUGUACAAGCUGUUCCUGGGGUUCUACCUUACAGUCCAACUGGAUUUCAGUUUCCUAAAUUCCGUAUUCUCUUGACACGUUUAAUUCAGGGUAAUGCCAAUACCUUCCCGAAUUCUUCGUUGACGCAACAAGAACGUUGUUCGAUGCAUUUUAUGCUCUCAAGCUCGUACAACCUUCGAGUUCGUGGCGAUGAAAAUGUCGUUUGCAAUCGAUUGUCUCAAUACCGUUCGAAUCGUCUUGUCCGAAGUACUAACGAAAAGGCCUACAAGUCCAAUUUCUUGGCUGAUGUUGAAUUCAUCGAAACCCACAAGAAUUCUAAGACCGCUGAUAAAGCUAAAACAAAUCCCUACAUGGACUUUGACUACUUUAAUGACGGUGAUGUAAGCUACGGAAAUGACAACUCUGUCAGCCAGUGUCCCGUUGAGAAUGGUGUCAUUUGGACCCCAUGGGGAACUGUCAGUGCUGGCAAUUUAAUAGCUGGAAUUGCAGCAGGUUACCAACCACAAAGCAUACAGCUCAAAACAUUGUUAGCGCUAUCGCGACGUCCUGGUCAAUACGGAGGUCGACAGAGUACCCUUUCGAUUGACAACCGAUGGGCUGCAACUUUGGCAGGUGACCUGUCAGAAGUCGCUCUAGUUCAAGUACCAAUGUCUCCAUCGAGUAGUGCUUCUGUAGGAGCCGGUGGAGCAUGGAACGACACAGUGAUGGCAAAAUGGUAUUUUAUGUCCAGAAGGGACAAUCUUGAAAUGACUGAUCCUGAAAUUCGUGGAGAUUUAGAUGGGCUCAUUAUGGCCAUGAAUAUAAAUGAUUGGAAAAAUCAAGCUUCAGGCAUGAAAUUGAGUCAAUUGCUUUCCAUGUACUACUCUUUGGGUGGGGUUCUUAGUUCGGGCAUCAAAGCGUGUAAUCGGCAACAACAGUUUAAUACAUUAACCCAAGCUACAGAUAUGGCUAGUCAGACAGCAGCUUUCGCUCAAGUGUUGGAUGCAGAAAUGCAAUUGAGAGUUACUCUUCAGCAACCAGCAAUUCAGCAAUUUUCACAAUCAGCAGCUAACGAAUUGAGUAAUUAUGUUCCUCAAUACUUAAAUGACAUUUCCUGUCAAGCUUCCAAUGUCCAGACAGGUGAUAUUUCAGAACAAAUUAUACCCAUGACAGAUAUGUUCGUUUUUCUCGAUACUUCAUGGGAAUACAAUACUGUUGUUGAUUAUGUCAGCUAUGUUCUCGAGCGUAUCAAUGUUGCACCAUAUGCUAGUUCUGUCACUGUGCUUUGUGCUGGUGAUGGUCAAAUAAUUGCCAAUACUACUAAUCACAUGAGUGACGUCUAUCAGCAAUGGAAUGUCUCCACUCAAUCCACCUUUAGCCCUGGUUUUAAUCUACCUCUCAUUCUAAAAUCGGUACAAAACCUCACUCAAACAAUUAUGAAUGGACAAAAGCAAAAUAACUCAGUUGGAGGUCGUUCAAUGAUCGCUCUUUUAGUACCAAAUAUGGCCACCGUGAAUGAUGGAGACUCAAACUACGUACAAAUUCAACUACAAUAUAUCUACGAACAGAUUCCCGAUUUGAAAUUCCUCUACUUUACUGGUGGCUCAGCAAUUCGAUUUAACUCAUUCGUUACUGAUCCAGCAAAGGAUAUUUUCCAAAUAAGCUUAGGUCAGAAUAAUGCUGCAUCGCAGGGAAGACCAGUUGUUCAGCGUAUCAAAGACAUGCAACGUCGCAUUAUAAAUCCACGUUGUGGAUCAUCAUGGUAUACCUCAACUUGGGGACAAGAUCAAAUGUAUCAAUACAUUCGACCGAAUUAUAUCAAUUUCUAUCGCUUGAUGCCAAAUUAUUUCUACACUGCCGGAGCUAAUCGACAAGUUAGUGUAAAUGGAGCAAGUGGAACAACAUUGACAGUUUGUACAUCUCGUUAUACGGCACGUCCCAUGCAAAAUGCAACUACAUCAUCCAAUGGACAGAGUGAUGUUACGUGUAAACAACUGACAAGUACCGGUAGCAGUAUGACAUAUGACCUGUCAAAUGCAUGCAAUGGAUACUAUUCCAUACAUAGUUGCCCACCACUUUAUAUAUCUGUACAAUCGACAUCUUCGUAUAACAGUCAGGCUUCAUGUAUGGACAAUGCCUGCCAGUAUCCAGAUCAAGUGCGAUUCCAAGUGACAGUUCAGAAUUUGGGUUGUAACAGUGGUGUGGGAAAGAUUUUGGCUAGUUUGACAGUUAUUGUUAUGGCAGCCAUUUUACGACGAAUUGUUGUCUAAGCUGGCAUAAUGACAGUUGAAUUUUAAAGAAACAAGAAAGUAGACAUUUGUCAAUAAGAAAAACACUUCAGGAGAGAAGAGAGCGCUGGGAAUCCUUCCAAGAACAACAUUUUUUUUUUAAUUUUAAUUUUUUUAGAUAAGUUAAUAUACAGUUGCCUUUUUUUAACUUUAUACACAACAAUAAAGAAUAAAUUUACCGUUAUAAUAAGAAUAAACCUUACGGU